CAUACAUUGUACCAGCUCCAAACAAGUAGAGAAAAGUUGCAGAUGAUCUCGACCAGGCUUACAAGCUACCUUUCGAUCACAUUUGAUAAUGUUGUGUUUCAUUUUUUCAUCGCUCAAUAAGAUUUUUUCGGUUGUAGGUACUUGUCGAAACAGUUUCUUCUAAUCCGAGGAAAGACAGCGUGGACAGUGGCAGACGAACCAAACGUGACGAAGAUCAGAGCACUACAGCAGUGCGGUGUAGUUCUUCGCGAGGCCCAGAAGAUCUAAUUCUAAACCACAGAAUCGUAUGUGAUCACAGCAUGAGUAAUUUUUUUGAACAAUGAAAAAUGCGCUUUGCAUAUACGGUACGCCAAACAACGACUUGACUUGCACUUGUUUUGUUUGUCAGUUUCGAUGUCGAUUGGACCUCUGGGGCGUAUGUUCUUUCGUAGCACAAGAAACUAUUUACCCUUAAAAUUAGAAAGCAGUAGGUUGAGGAACGAUUUUGGUAACUCAGCAUUGUCUUUCCCUACUUCGUUGUUCUAUGCAAAUGGCUUCCAUUUUCAAGUGGUAAUCUCAUUUUUUUUUAGUGGUUUAGUUUUACAAAGAGUUCUCUGUGAUACUCUUUCUGCGUGCAUAUCUAUUGCAUAUACAUCAUAUUUGUCAAUUGAAUCUCUAACUAUCUCUUACUCUUACGAAAAUUCUGUCGGGCGAAAACGGUUUCGAUCUUUUUCGCUUUCGCGAGAACAUUCAACACAAACAUCCACACAAUUUUUCAAGUUGUUACGCAUACUCAUCUCUCAUCAUAAUUUUCUGAUCUGCAUAAUUUUAUUCAGUCUCCGUAUUUUAGAAUUUACCGCCACUACUUGAAUCUCUUGUGCAUGCGCUACAUGCUGCGUGCGGGAGAUCACAAGUCCGCGGAAUUUGAUGAAUUAGACGAGUAUGAGGCGUAAUUGCAUACGCAUCUUCCUUUCAAAAUAAACAAAAAAGCGAUCGGCUAAUAUUACAGCACGUCGACGAGGACGACCUUAAAAUACCGCUGCAAUGGGUUAUCAACAAUCCUCAUCGAUGUGAGGAGCCUGUCAGAACGAUCCGUCGUUUGUUGCACUUACUUGUUUACUACUUACUUCAUCCUGUACUACGCACCCCCUAUUUGGAGGGGUCGAUGCAUUUCACACAAAUAUAAAACAAACCGCAGGGGCGGGUGUGGAGUCAGUUUUAGAAAUAACCCAAAAAAGAAAAGACCUACAUACUCGGAACAAUUACCUGUAUAGUUUCGCAAGUUGUCCGAAAGAACGAAAAUGGUACAACCACUUUUGCAGCAAAUUCUGCCGCGCGCCGUCGUUUUGGCGACGGUCGUGCUGCGAGGUGAGCAUGUAGAAGUUCUGGGGAGUCGUGUAGUAAAAAAAGCAAGCUCUCCAACAUCUCUACCUGCGGCGCGCACUGCUGCUGCAUCCACUACUUCUACCGAGAGUGGUACUAGCGCCAACAACAACGACGUGGGCGGGCAGAUUCGGAACAUCAAAGACGGGUACGACGCACAGAAAACGGCGUGGAGGGACCACGCACCUGGAGGACAGAACGAACGACACGAAGAGCGGGAUAGAGAACUACGCCAACAUGGUGUUGAUAACAAGAACCACUGGACAAAAGCCGAUGGCAAGAAGAAGGAAAUAAAGCACGGCUCUACUUACGGUAUGAAAAGUUGGCACGAGGAUCACGACCGUCCAGUUGAGAAGCAAGAAGACCAACAUGGCACCGCAACUUCUGAUGCUUUUAAAAAGUGGCCCUUACCUGGAGAAGUAGCAGAAAAAUCUGAAAAGAAGAGCAGGCCUGCUGCCUCUUCGGGGAAAAUAGGUGAUGCAGCGUCGUGGUAUAACUAUUCUGGGGCUCCCCCCGCGUGGGCGUGGUCAGGACCGAACACAGCACCGGGGAACGAUCACAGCAAGGACAAGCCCAACUACUCCAAGAGGGGAGCUGGCACUGCAGCUUCGAAAACCUCUACGUCAGCUCGUGGCUCGUCAGAUGCGGCCGAUAGGAAACCAGCGGCCGUGCCAGUCCGGGAACCUAGGUCAACUACGUGGUCUGCGAGGAAGCAUUCGGGAGAAGAUGUUGCUCCUCACUCUACUGACAACAGUAAAAGUCCCGACCGGAGGGCCGUGCCGCACUUUCAAAACCUGUUGCAUCAGCGGCAAUUACUACAGCAGGCGGGACGAUCGAGCAAUAAAUUCGGGAAGAACACUAGCGAUGAAACAGAUGUAGUUGCAGUAGAUGAAGCUGAAAUACAAACACGCAGAAGUUCUGACCCCAAUUUAUUAUUGCCGCGUGGUCGUGGUCUGCGCACUUCUAAGAGGAAGACGUUUGACGACAUGUCGGAAGCCGAGCAGCUGCAGUUUCUGGAGCAGCGGGGCGUCGCGCCGAGGCCCGGCGGGGGGUACCAACUGAGCCGCGGGACAGGCGCGUACUACGAACGGGAUAAUUUUGGAUCAAAUGAAACUUCGUUUCCCUAUCAUGCUGAAGAUAGAAGUAUUCCCGCCGGGCUCCGUCGUGAAGACGGUAGAGAGGAACAAGGGUAUGCGCCAGCGAAUAUAAUGACUCCGGAGCAGCGCGAGUGGUUGCGGGCGCAGAUCGCGAGCAGAACCGCAAUCACGGGAGACGUCGAGCAGGAAAAGUUUACCCACCACGACGAGGACGGUGUCCUCGUAAAUGGAGUGGCCGAGGGCCGUGCGCUGCAAGUAGAUAAGGAACCAGCAGAGUUGAAGAUGCAGCAUGUUGCCCGGAGGACGAUAUUAUCUUCUGGUCAUGCACAGCAACCUGCAGUAGUUCUGCCCCAGCAUAGUACUUAUACAGGCACGAGCAGCUACAGUUCUGCAGCACCUUCUAGGCCCGAAGAUGCGACAGCGACGAAGUACUACGACCCGGCUGGUACGUUAUUGUCAAGUCGCUUGCCGCCGUUUGUCGACAUUAACCACGCGGACGUACUAUGGAUUGCAAAUAUGUCUGGGUCUGGAAGAGUGGAACUUGUAAUGCUGUCUGCGGAUUCUAAAAAUGUUUGUCUUUGUGUUGCUGUUGCAUGAGCAGCAAGAGGAGUCAGCUCUUGGCACGCAGAGACGGCAUUUCUCAUGCGGAAUUAGCAUCAAGAAGCUCUCAAAAAAUCUGUGAUGCUAGCACGAGCAUCACAGACCUCAUGGGUCAUGCAAAAUGUGCAUGACAAGCGCCGACUCUUCCAGAUCCAGACAUUUUUGCAGUUGAUACCUACUGCGGCAUCAAAAGCCCGUGCAGCUCAUCGACGGGGCGUUCGUCGACGAUGUAGUUGGACCACAUGGAAAUAAACCCGCACGACCGUUCGCCCUGACUGGCGGCGCAGAAACGAUGAUCGUGCCAGCAGCUAAUAUGAUGUUCACACCCGCUCCCUCCAAUAAUUUUCAGGGCGGGCACGGGUCUGUUGCAGUUGGAGUGGCUUCUUCACCUGCUGGUGUCAACAGCAGCUCCAUGCAAGUCGCGCAGCAGCAGGACGACGAGAGGCAGCAAAUUAUGAUGCAGCAAGCCGCGCUCCGGCACCAAGAGCAGUACGUGCAACAGCAGCUCCAGCAGGUGGCAAUACAGCAAGCGCAACAGCAACAGGAAGUACAGCAGCAGCACCCACACCCACAGCAGCAGCCUUAUUUCGUGUGCGCUAUCGGUGUGGUAAAUCCCGCUACUGGCGAAGUUGCUGCACAGCAGGUCAUGAUGAUGCAAGCCAGAGUAGAUGGAGGACAGCAGGGAGCAACUACGCAGGUGAUGAUGAACAACCCCGGUGGGAACCACUACUCUCAGCAGCAAAUAAUGCCGCAAGGUGGAGCGUGCUCCUUCCCGCAGGGUGUUGCUGCUGCGCAGUCUUGUUCCGCACCAGUUGUAUCUGUUGCUGCUAGUUGUUGUACCCCGGACCAAUCUCAAAUGCUGCAUCAGCAACUGCCGGCAGCGAUGCAGCAAGGAAGUGUUGCAGCUAACAUGAUGGGCGGGCACCACCACCAGCAUAUCGGUGGGCCUUCGCAGCAGGCAAUGAUCCCGGUCCUUGUGCAGCAACAACAGCCCCAGGAGCCCUUGGCCCCCACCCUGCAUCUUCACCCUGCUGGUGGCCUAGAACAAGCCCAGCAGGCUGUCCUGCAUCAGCAACUGCAAGGCCAGGCACAGCUAUUCGUUGCGCCGCAAUCUUCGUCCAUGCAAAGCAAUGCAAGUACUCCACCGAGCGCGAACUUUUCAUCUUUGCACGAAGCAAUAUCGACGCCGCAUGUCGUCGUCCCAGGAUCUGCGCCAGCUGCUGUGUUGUCUGAGCAACACACGUUGCAUAACGGGUGGGCCCGUACUAUCGUGCAGACACCCGAAUUAGUACAAUAUGCGCAGGACCUGGACCACGGCGUUCCGCCACCGCCACCGGACCAACUGCCUCCGCUUUUCCAAAGGUAUGUCUCACCUGACGAGCCGCCACCGUAUCAUGUAGACCAGACACCCAGCCCCAUUUUGCAGUACCAACAGGUGUACAACUACCAACAAGGCACUUCUACAUCAAUACCCGAUGGACCACAAGCUGCUGGAUGUGUUCAAGUUGCUGGGCGUGCUACUAGCGCGACACCUACCACAGCGAGUCCAACUACUGCAACUGCUUCAUCUUCCCAACUACAACUUCAGUGCCGAGAAUUCGAGCAGGCAAGCAUAGGACAACACGAUGAUUUUUCGGCACAUCCUGGAACGACGUCGAAUCAGACUACCCUAAGUUUUUCCAACCCAGCAACCACGUUACAUGGCAGUAUCACUACUGUCAUUUCUGGUCCUGGUACUACAGGACCUCAGACGUCGGACGCGCGCGUAGGACACCAGCUGAUUGACGUGCAAUUAUGGUUCGCAAAGCUGCAGAAGCUGCUACUGAACGCGGUUACUGGGCGCUGGCUUAGUAGUUACUACGUGGACAAAGUCUUGGUUCCCAUGUACCAAACCUUCUUGGAAAACGCCCAGCGGGAGGAGGAAAUUAUAACCGAACAAACGAUAGUACAACAGCAACAGGGAACAAGAAAUCCUAGUAUGCUGCCGGCCAGGGACCUGCUCGCGUUCCGCGCCACCGCGUCGGGUCAGCCGUCCUUGUCAGAUGUCGAGGGAGCUGUCCGAGACUUGGUGGAAAAGAGUUCGGACCACUUUUCUGCUGCUAGUGGUUGCUCCCCACAACUCGGUAGUUGUUCUCCGGCUGCUCAUCUUUCCGGAAUGGUGAGUCCGGCGACUCCUGGGGGUUGUGGUAGUAGCAGCCCAACGAGCGUUUGCUCAUCCAUCAACUACGGUAGUACUUCUAGAGCAGGCUGUUGCACUACUACUUCUAGUAGCCCGACCUUACAGAUGAAUGCAGAUUAUAGCGGUCGUGGCAGCCCGGCGAGCGCGCCCAACAGUUCCCCGGCCACGAAAGUAUGAACUGCAAAAGUAUCGUACUCGUAUUGCAAUCAUGCAUUACAAAUCCUUUAUCUAAGGUCGAUCCGCAUUACAAAUUUUAUUUCUCAUGCUGAGGGAAUUUGUAAUGCAUUUAUACGAGUGCGAUACUUUUGCAAUGCAUAGAAAGCCGCGGCCGGCAAAGUCGCUAUCCCGCUAAAAGUCAGCCCCAUCGCGCACCGUGUAAUGCUAGAAACGGGAAUGGCCGACGCGAACCCAGACGAAGUGAUAAAACUGCAGAAACAGAGGGCCCGGGCAGCAGCGGCAGGGGGAAUGAUCAAUGGCGCGAUUUUUAGGCGGGAACAAGCUCCACCAUCCGAAAUCCCGGCGUCUUCCGGAGACGCUUAUCCCCCUCGACCGCCUCCUGCAAUAAAUGCAAUUGGAGUAGAAGAUCAUCGACUCCAAAGCAGAAGCAGAACGCCAGCUGGAACUUCUUCUACAGCGGCGGCCAGCUUCAGCUCGGCGGAGGCGCAAAUAGCUGGGUUGCGACACCUAUGAAUUGCAAAAGCAUCGUGUUCGUGCUAGUAUGAAUCGCAUUACAAAUUUCCUCAGCAUGGAAAAUGGAAUUUGUAAUGCUGAUUGACCUUAGGUCAAAGAUUUCUCAUGCAUAACCGCAAUUACUAUGAAUACGAUACUUUUGCACUGGAUAACACCUCCACCGGGACCUGCAGCACGAAGUAGCUAGUGCUGGUGCUCCUGCUGGAGGGGCUGCUGGAGCUGCUGGUGUCUUCACUGAGGAGCGGCCGUGGAGCGGCCGUGCUGACACAAUAUCCAUUAACGCUGGAGCGGCCGUGGAGGAGGAUGCGACCUUUCGUAUGAUUGCGGACCUGACCAAGCGAUUGGUCUUCUUCGUGAUGCAGGCCAAGGGAUUGGAAACCGGAGGCAAGUUUAUCGUCGACGAGCUGCUGAUCCCGGUUUUGAUCCAGCGGCAGAAAAAAUCUCUGCUUGCUAUGCCCCGCUCAAAUCGGUUACCAUCUCAAACGUUACGAAUAGAAUGUGGGUUUUGUAUUGGACGAUGAUGAUCAUGCCAGACUCGGACAGCAUAAUUCCACCUUCUGCAAUAAGUACAAAUUUCGCCAGAUUGUAGUGCGGAUUGGGACUCAAGAACUUGUCAUGCGCAAUCCUAUGAGAGUUGGCAUUGGCUAGAUUAUGCACUUCCUUCAACACAUCAAAUUCCAGAUUCUAUUGUAACGCUUGAGAAGAUUGUAACAGCUGAGCAGGUUAUACUUGCCCGCGAGUCGGCCCGAAACUUCGAACCCCUGAGCGAACGGCAGGAGCGCCUUUUGACGGAGAAACAGCAGGAGGUUGGCAUCACUCGCGAGCAAGUGGUGCGGAUGGGCGCCAGGCUGUUUGAAGCGGGCCUCUGCCCGGCGGUCGGGCCGAAGCGGGGUUCGCUGUUACAAACGCUCGUGCAAACCUGGGAGCAGGAACAGACACACCAGCGUCCGUAGAAGACGUCCUGGAGGUUCUAUUGCUGGAGCAGAGUAGUCCUGGAGGUGGUUGUUCUCCUGCGAAAAACGUGUGGCAUGUUAAACAAGUGCUUGCAGAGCAGCCAAAGGACUGUUUUUGACCGCGUGUCAACGAACGGUCUGGGCGAUGAUAUUUGCAAUGGAAAAUAAAAGCAGACUCUUGCGCAUUCACGAUGAAGGCAUGAAUUGUCGUCGACAAUAGGAAUAGUAUGUUGCAAUAUCGAGCGAAUUUAUUUGCCAUAUUCCAAUAGAAAAAAAAUUAAAUUAAAAUAUAAAGAUUAUAUAUUUAUAGUACGGUUUUGAAAAUUUCUAAUUCGAACAGGACUUCACAUGCGCGUCUGCGCGAUGUCACCUCGUCCGCUAGACAGUUACAGAAGUUGCAGAGCUGACAUCAGUCAGAGUUUGAGUUAUUUCGAAGUAUUUUUUUUCCGCCAUCUUCGUUAAUAAAUUUAGCGAGUGGUUUAGGUUUUUAUCGACACCUACGAAAGAACAGGGCAGGUGGUACCUGCUGCAACUAGAAAGCAUCCACUACUUCGAAGGAAAAAGAUACUUUUUAAACACAUCUUCUAGAAAGUGGACACACAAUCAACUUCAACGAAACUGGAGGUCGACCUUAUUUUUUUUUGGAGGAUCGGAAAGCCGACAUCUAGAUUUUUGGCAAUGUGAUGAAACUGCAAGAUACCGUUCGUGACUCAUCGCGGGGAAGUUUUAUUUUUCCUCGGAAUAUUUUCUUUUGCGAAGGGCGAAGCGCUAGAAUGAAGCAAUGCACGAUUAAAAUAAUGAGAAUACUUUACCAUCAAGCAAUAGCAAAACUCGUGCGGUCCGAGCAAAGCCUAAGCCGUUUUACGAGAAGAGAACAGUGAGCAAAAUUCUUCGUUGGCAUCGUCCUCGAGAGUGGUGCUUCUGUUGAAAUCAUAAUCAUGUAUUUGCACGACAAGAAAGCCAAGACCACUUUUAUGGACCCCUAAAAAAGAAAGAGCCGAAAAUAAAUAAGUACUCAACGCCACGCUGAGGUCGUUCUUUGUUGCGAAUAAA